UAUCAUUCCGGGAAGUAAAGGCAAGUUGUUUUCCCCACUGAAACUGUAUCCCCAAGGAACGUGACCAUGUUAACAAAAACGAUCAAUAUUUUUCUAAUGUUUGUUUUUGCGACUUUCGUAUGUGCUCAAGAUAGGGAAACAGUCACAGGAUGUAUAGCUGACAAUGUUACCAUGAAGUUUAAACCUGCAUUGUUGCCUGGCAGAGAGGUGAAAACCUACGUAUGGAACAAGGUCCGGGGCGUAAACAAAGACCCAAGCUUUGCCAAGUUUGAACCCAGCGUUUCGCCAGAGCUUGAAAUAUAUUAUGAUGAAGAGCACCAGAUUAAGAAUAGAAUAUUCCACGAUCACGUUGAGCCUGCUACCUUAAACCUCACAGAUUUAAGGAAAAGUGAUCAAGAACAGUACACCCUAGUUAUCAGAUAUGUUGAUUAUGUUGGAACACCCACAGAAUGGAUCAUAGACCUACAAGUACAAGAUGUUUGUUUUGAAAAACCUAAAGAAGUGGACAACUGUACAGUAACUACAUGUUAUACGGGAGACAAUGGGAUAUUGAAGAAUCCUGGUAAUCAAACUGAAUUAGUGAAUGGUUCUAAAUUAUUGAGGGUCUGCGAUGACAGCGCAUCAGGCAACUAUUCAUGCUGUAAUGCUGCAGGAACAUGUUUAGAACAAUUCUUAAAAGUCGAAGCCAUGGAGCAAUUUGAUACUGUUGGAGCGUUUCCAGUCAGUGAUUCAUUGAACAACGCAAUAGCUUCGUUUCUAUGGAUCUUUCAGCUUUGUAUCAACAUUUUGAUGGUGUUAACAUCUGAUGCUUUGGUGCGUUUAUCCGUAUACUAACACUGACCGUCAACUCAGAAUUGAACAUUUGUCCUGCCUUAGAGUAUUGAACAUAGCUGAUUAAGAUUAAAACAUUAUCUGGAACGAACCAUAGUGUCAUUAAGUACAGAGCUAUCUCUUUGUACUAUUAUUUGUCGCCAAAAAUGCAUUACAGAGCGUAAUUGCAUGAAAACCGCCACUGCAGCAAAUGUUAUAGAUGCAUUAAAUUUCAUACAAUGUAGUUUAAUGUACUGGCACAUGCAGGGGAAGGUUGGAAAUUAACCUAUAAAAUUUAAUACCUUAUUACAUUUGCAGCCUAGAAGGUGGUACAGUUAAUCAUUGUCAAUAUCAUUUGUAUUUUGAAAAAUGGCGUUGAAUAAAUUUGUAAUCAAAAUAUUAAGGACAUUCUAACCUCAUGUACCCCCAUUUAUUUGAUAUCAUUUUAAUGUAACAUGGCCGUUUUGUAUUUACGGUUUGAUUUUAUCAGCAUUGAACAAAAUAAAGCAAAACAAUUUAUAUUUGUUUGAUAAUCCAUGUCAUAUUUAAAUGAACAUCAUGAACAAAAUUAAGGAAACUUAUUUAUUAAUUUGAUUGACAAGUUUGAAUGAUAUAGUCUCUAAAUUUCCUUAACUUCCUUCCGGUUAAGUGUUCUUACUCCUUAUUAGAGAUUUCAUUUUUCAAAAUGAACAAAUUCUUUCUUAGUUUUUAAACUUUAGACUGUAAUUUUGUCUCCUGCUGAAUUCAGCCAAUCAUAUUCGUUUCAAUACAAGCAUUUUUAGAGAUUAUGAAACUGUGUUUAUCUUUUAACUUCUGGUUAUUUUAGUUAUUAAUACGCAUAAGUGUUUAAAUAAAUAUGUAUGAUACUGCUGUGUUUUGUUUGUAAUUUGUUAUUAGAUCAUUUAAGUGCUGCAAACUUGUAUACAUCUGAUCAGUUUUUGACAGUGUACUUUAGGUAAUUAAUAUAAUAAAUAGCAUGCGAAAUUUAAGUGAGGCUCAUUGAAAAUUAUGUAGCAAUUAGUGUUCUUCUUUUAAUUACGAUGUUGUCUUUGUUUUCAAAGUACGGUAAGCAAGCUUUUAUUUGUUACAUUUUGCAAGAGGAUCGUCGUUGCAAAAACUUCUGCGAAAACCGCAAACUAAAUCCAAAUUGCUUGUUGCAUUUUAUUUAUCAGUUAAUCUAUAACUUUAUCGCGAAAAUAAGUUGCCGCACACGAUCCGAAAAAUCAAAAAAUAAAUUUGUUGCAAAAAAAAGUUGAUGUACAGUAAACCGAUUUAUACAUAUAUAGAAACACAUAGCUGUACAUGUUUUCCAAGUUAAUGAAACGCCUCUGAAUCAUUAAUGCAAUUACCAGAAAUCUUCUAGAAAUCCCAAAAAUCCUCAUUUUAAUUUGAAGGAUAAAUUCUGCAAAAAAACUCUAA